AAUGUAUGGAGUGAGAUAGUGAAGGGGAUUGACGUCAACAUGAUUAUAUACUAUUUUAUAGAACAAAUUGAGUCUAGCUUGUUGUCUUCUUGAUUGCAAUGUAUUCCAAUUAAAAUCCUUAAUUAUAUUUGUGACCGUGCCCGGUGUCUUGCUGUAAUUAUUCGUUACAAAUCUGGCAGCUUGACGCUGAUUAUUUUCAAUUUUAUCAAUAUCUUUCUGAUGGUCAGGGUCCCACACACUAGAGCAAUAUUCCAAUGAUGGUCUAACAAUGCUGUUAUAUGCCGCUGCCUUAGUUUCCAUUUUUAGAAGAAUGAAUGUUUUUUCGUUUUAAGAAUCCUAAGCUCUGGCUUGCUUUACUACUUAUUUUAUUUACGUGAGGUGACCAGUUUAAAGUUGAGCUUGGUUUACAACAGACAGAGGUUGAUUGUGAAGAGUGUAGGCUGUUUUUAAUGGUUUACGGUUUCUCGUAACAUGCAUGAUAUGACAUUUUUCUAUGUUAUAGAUCUUUGAUUAACACCUUUUUACGUUUUGUUAAAUUGACAAAAUUGAAAAAAAAAUGUUCUAGAUUCGCAACUGUUUGUUUUAGUUAUAAUAUUUGCGAGAACAGUAAUGCUGAAAAUUUACCAUUCUCUCCUCGAUCCUCGAUCCACGGACUCUUCGUCACAAGUGUCUCUUGGUAUACAUUAGUCUCUUGGCACAGGGGCCAGUCAAAAAAAAUUAUAAAAAAAAAGUAUAUAUAAGAAAAAGGAACUUUUUCCUAUAUAUACUAUUUUACUGGCCCCUUUGUCUCUUGGUAUAUAUUUCACACAGGUAAUUUUCUCUCUUGUAUUUUAUUGGACUUAGUUGUGGAUGUCUGCCUGUGGCUUUGAUGUACUUAGACUGUUCAGAUCUAAUAGUUUCUCUCCAGCCUGGUAUGUAGGGGUGCUCAUCUGUGUUUUAAGAAGUGUGUUGAUAUCAAAGGCUGUAACUCCACAUGGUUUAGUUUGGUUAGACAUAUGCACAGUUCCUUCAGUUUGAUGAGGUUUAUACCAAGUGCCAUCAGUUUGAUGCCAUAUAUACACAGUGCCAUCAGUUUGAUUCACUGACUAUAUACACAGUGAUUUUAGUUUGGUUUUAUGGGUACACAGUUUCAUCAGUUUGUUGUCAUAUAUGCAUAGUGCCAUCAGUUUGGUGCCAUAUAUGCACAGUGUCGUCAGUUUGGUGCCAUAUAUGCAUUGUGUCAUUAGUUUGGUUACAUUUGUACACAGUGUCAUUUAUUUGCAGCCAUCCUUGCACAGUUAAAAAAGUUUGGAUCCAUAUAUGUACAGCGCCAUAAGUUUGAAUCAAUAUAUGCACAGUGACAUCAGUUUGAAUCAAUACAUACACAGUGUCAUCAGUUUUAAUAAAUAUAUACACAGUGCCAUCAGUUUGAAUCAAUACAUGCACAGUGCAAUCAGUUUGAAUCAAUAUAAUGUAUACACAGUGCUAUCAAUGUGUAUCAAUAUAUACAGUGUGCCAUCAGUUUGGCACCUGAUACACACAGUUUCAUCAGAUUGGUGCCAUUUAUACACAGUGUCAUCAGUUUGGCUCCAUAUAUACCGGUACACAGUGUCAGCAGUUUGAUUCCAUAUACAGAAUGGCAUACGUUUGGUUUCAUAUGUUAUAUACAAUGCUAUGAGUAAAAAACAUGCACACACAGUAUAUUCCUUAAGUACCGCGACUCACCCGGGUUGCAGGCUACGUUCAAUUGCGGUCUAUUCUAGAACAAUAAACUUUAAAGGCACCCAUUGGGUUCUGCUUUUAUUAUUUUAUUGAGAAUCUGUUAAUAUUGUAUUGAAUAUACAUGAACACACAACGUAAUUCUAAUGUAUACUGUCUUCGUAUUAAUGUUGCCAUUUCUCGGCAAUUGGCAUAAUUUAACACCGUUCAACUGAUUGUUGCCUCUCGUCUACUUUAAAUCUCGAAUGCGUCUAGAAGACUUCUUGAAGGAAUCUAGCAAUACUCUCGAGCACAUUUAGUACAAAUUGUUCCCUGAUAGUUUAAUUUUGUUGUGUAUUAUUUGUGAAGAAAAUAACACGGGUUAGCAAUUAUUUUCGUUUUAAUAUCUAUGCGACAUACACUCGUACUCAUGUCGUCACACGUCGUGCAUUUUCAGAAAUCACUCGCACUUUCUCAGUAAGGCAAUUGACAUCAUAUCGUACUAAUAAUUAUGUUUAUAUGAACUCGAACCAGUGUCGUCUGGAAACAUAUCCACAACCGAUUUCGUAGAUUUAUUGGGGAGUUUAAUGGUUAUAGGUCGCCAUAUGAAGUGUUAAAAAAUAUAAAUUCAAUUUCGUCACAGUCCGACAGGGAUAUGUACAGUUUGUAACUGUUUGUUGCAUAUUAAAAUUACAGUCGAUGGAUGCAACAGAGGUAGGAUCCAAGAGUCAGGCGUUUCUUGAAAAUGCUUUUUGGGACACAACAACAUGCUGGGCAACAUAUUGCGAUCAUACAUACAGCAUAGCAUCAGCAUGCGUUGUCCCAAAUGAACCCUCUCCUGCUUACAUGCGGAGCUUUGAUGACGUCAUAUGCGACUUCCUUCGUGAGCAAGGGGUGCCAGGAGCAUCUCUGUACGUGUCAUUGAAUGGAAGACCAUUCUACCAGCAAGGUUAUGGCACAAGUCAAGCUGGUGAGGGCGUGCUCUCGUCUUCGCUCAUGCGCAUUGCAAGUAUUAGCAAGGUGGUCACUGCCAUGGCAGUGUUGAAGCUGUGCCAGGAACGAAAGCUUGAACUGACUGCACAGGUGUUCGGCAACAGUGGGAUACUGAGCGGAUUCUCGGCUUGUGGUGGUUCCUUGCAUAUAACGAUAGAGGAUCUCCUGCGUCACUCGGCGGGCUGGGACCGGGAACAAGUCGGUGAUCACGUGUUCUGGUAUCAGGAAGAAGGCCACGCCCACCUCGACCCUUGGGACGCACGUCAGCUUGUUCAAUAUGUCCUUCGGCGAGAUUUGGACUUUACACCAGGUAGCAAGCACGCAUAUUCGAACCUCGGUUACCUAGUGCUAGGCAUGGUGAUAGAGGCCGUAUCCGGAAUGACGUAUCAGGAAUACGUCAACGCGAUGUUGGAGGUUUUAGAUAUUAACGACGUCAUUGUUGGAAAUACGCGGCAGCAAGUAGUACAUUAUGAAGAGGUCAAAUACUACAACAUAGACUCUAAAGUACAGAAGUCUGUGUUUCAAGACGAAGGUCUGGUCGUUCCACAGUACGGUUCGUAUCCAAUAGAGACGACAGGGGCUUAUGGGGGUCUGGUGACAUGUGCGCGGAGCCUGGUGCGCAUUCUGGAGAGUCUCGCACGUGUUUCUGGUGUUCCGCCAAUAUUACCACCGGAAGUGGUUCAGCAAAUGUUGGCGAAGCCUGGGUAUGAGACAGACGAGUUUGCCUGGUACGGUUAUGGCCUUAGUGUUGAAGACUGCGGCAAGAGCUAUGGCCACACCGGGACCAUGGAGGGCACGUCAAGCACUGCCUGUCACCAUGGUCCGUCCGGCCUUACUUGGGCACUGUUGUUGAACGCUUGGUCCAAAGAUAUGGACCUGGAUGGAGUUGUGAAGUAUGCACUGUCAACAGUGGAGCGGUUGCCACUGUGGCAUGGUGUCCAUGUUGGACGGGGUCUUCAAGUGCUCUCGGCCGAUAUGAGACAAUGCUGUACAUAUUUUAGUUCCGUAUCGAAUGAUAUGGAGUUGUGUCUUGCAAAUGAAGUCCGACGGGUUUUGUAUAAAACAUUUAAAUAUCUUGACGUUGAAAAAUGACGUGAAAUUUAAUAUUAUUUGGGAUUACUGCCCAACUGUUAUUUGGGAUAUAAAAAUGGAUAUACCUUUAGAGAAUUUAGAGAAAGAAUGGGAGGCAAUUAACAAUAAGUGGAAAUUGGUUUCUCUUGAAGUGUAUGCGUUUAAUAAUGACGUUAUGUGUGUGUUUGUUAUGAAAAGAAAUGAUUCCAGAAGUCUAAAUCUUUUGAAACAAAAUAUUUAUGCAGUUGAUAAUGUAGAUGCACAUUUAUUGAACUGUGACGCGUGUUUGCAGCUGGGAUAUACCCAGAAAAGUCAGUCAACACUGAAAUACGGAGACAAGACCAUACUUGCCUGCAUAUUUGAACAGCAUGGAGAUAAACGAAUGCAGAAGGUAACCGGCAGACAAUGUGAAAGAUGGACCCGAAUGGAUGUCCAGCAUUUCACUGCAAACCUUCAGUCAAUUAUUGAAAAAAAGUUUCGCCUGGUGUACAUCCAAUUCUAUGGUACUGGCGAUAAUCCAGAAAUAAGCGCUGUUUGGAAAAAGACGUCUUCUAUGAGCAACGUGUUCCAACGUCAUGAUGUCAGCAAGUAUGGGUUUUUGUACGAGCUGAAGUCAACAAUGCGUUCGAACAGGGAGUUGACGUUUAUUUCGGCGUAUGAAAACGAGGGAGUGGUCAACUUUGCAGCCGUAUGGGAAUGUUGUGUGAGAACAAAUGGUGGGAAAAGGAGAAAAGACUUUGAUACGUCAUUGUAAUGAAUUGAUGUGUCUGAAACAAAACAUAUAUUAAUAAAUUAACAUAUACUAUUAAACUUCUUUAAUACAAUCGUUUACAAAUUACAAGUGUUUUGUUGGUUGCCUUUUAACUUUUACAAUCAUUGAUUUUUGUGUGGACUUAAACGAUUUCUUAGCUGAUCUGAGAGUUUUGUCUAUUUAUUGUCUUCUUAUUCAAGUUUACAGUUUAUAAAAUAUAUUUCAGAAAUAAAUAAAAUAUACAUGUA